UUCUCCGAUGUCCUUAUUAAACACGGAUUUUAUCCGGUAUCAUUCCAGUUUAUUCGCCAACUUGCUUCGUCUCCUUUCCUACGAGAGUUACCAACAAAUUUACAAACUUUAUGUUCUAAUGGUCACCUCAACUAUGCGCUGACAGAUAUGGCAAAAUUAGGCCUUCAAAUGAAUUUCCUAGCCUACGACACUCUCUUAAAUGAGUGCGUAAAACAGAAAUCUAUUAGAGGAGGUCAGAGGGUUCAUGCCCAUAUGAUCAAAACUCAGUAUAGACCGCCCUUGUAUCUUGGAACGAGGUUGCUUGUGUUGUAUAACAAGUGUGAUUGUUUAUGGGAUGCUCGACAGGUGUUUGAUGAAAUGCCUGAUAGAAAUGUGGUAUCUUGGACUGCUAUGAUGUCUGCUUAUUCGAAGAAAGGGUAUGCAUCUCAAGUUUUGAAUCUUCUUGUGGUGAUGUUAAGAUCAGGUACUGAGCCAAAUGAGUACACAUUUGCAACUGUGCUCACUUGUUGUACUGGAGUUUGUGGGCUGGAGCAUGGGAAGCAAGUCCAUAAUCUUAUAAUAAAAAACAAUUUUGAAUCCCAUUUAUUUGUCGGGUGCUCUCUUCUUGAUAUGUAUGCCAAAGCUGGACGGAUCCAUGAAGCCCGUUCUGUUUUUGAAGACCUACCAGAAAGGGAUGUUGUUUCUUGCACUGCCAUUAUCUCCGGCUAUGCCCAAUUGGGUCUUGAUGAAGACGCCUUGGAGUUGUUCCGUAGUUUUCAGAGGGAAGGAAUGGCUUCUAAUUACGUUACCUAUGCUAGUGUUUUGACUGCAGUAUCUGGACUUGCAGCAUAUGAAAUGGGAAAGCAAAUUCACAGCCAUGUCCUUCGGUCCGAACUUCCGUUUUAUGUGAUUCUUGAGAACUCUUUGAUCGAUAUGUACUCAAAAUGUGGGCAACUCGCUUAUGCAAGGAGGGUGUUUGAUAAAAUGUCUGAAAGAAGCGUCAUCUCAUGGAAUGCAAUGCUUGUGGGAUACAGUAAACAUGGAAUGGCUAAAGAGGUGGCUAAGCUCUUUGAACUCAUGCGAAAAGAAAACAAAGUUCAACCUGAUAAAGUAACUUUCUUGGCUAUAUUAUCAGGUUGUAGUCAUGGAGAGAUGGAGAAUAGAGGGUUAGAAGUUUUUGAUGAAAUGAUGAGUGGGAAAGAUGGGGUUGUGCCAGAUAUCGAACAUUAUGGAUGUGUCGUUGACCUGCUAGGUCGUGCAGGUCAAGUGGAAAAAGCAUAUGAAUUUAUCAAACAGAUGCCUCUGGAGCCAAAUGCUGCCAUUUGGGGUUCUCUUUUAGGGGCUUGUUUGGUGCACUCAAAUGUUGAUAUCGGGGAAAUUGUUGGUCAUCGGCUAUUAGAAAUAGAACCUGAAAAUUCUGGGAAUUAUGUGAUUCUUUCUAAUUUAUUUGCUUCUAGAGGAAGAUGGGAUGAUGUGAGAACUAUAAGAAGUUUGAUGAAAGAGAAGGCUGUUGCAAAAGAUCCAGGAAAAAGUUGGAUUGAAGUUGAUCAAACCCUUCACACUUUUCAUGCAGGAGACCGAUUGCAUCCAAAAAUGGAGGAGGUUCACGAUAAGAUGAACGAAUUAUCAAUAAAAGUCAAGGAAAACGGAUAUUCUCCUGAUCUGAGUCGUGUUUUAUAUGAUGUGGAUGAUGAGCAGAAGGAGAAGAUACUGUUAGGCCAUAGCGAAAAGUUGGCAUUGGCCUUUGGACUCAUUUCUAGUCCCGAAGGAAAGCCGAUCAGGAUCAUGAAAAACCUUCGGGUGUGUGUUGAUUGUCAUAGUUUUGCCAAGGUUGUGUCUCAGAUUUGUCAAAGAGAAGUGUUUAUGAGGGAUAAAAACCGGUUCCAUCAUAUUGUUGGUGGCGUUUGUUCGUGUGGAGAUUACUGGUGACUUGAUAAUUUCUUUUCUACUGGCACGGUAUGCAGUUAGAGCACAGACAGGCUUGUCCAUC